AUGAGUGAGCCGGGCUCACAGAAGACCAGCGAGGGCACCGUUUCUCGCCUGCUCAAUGUGGUGGAGAGUGAGCUUCAGGCAGGGAGGGAAAAAGGCGACCCUACAGAGAAGCAGCUGCAGAUCACCCUGGAGGAUGCUCCGCUCUGGCAGAGGUUCAAGGAAGUCACUAACGAGAUGAUCGUGACCAAGAGUGGCCGACGGAUGUUCCCUGUCCUAAAGAUCAGUGUCACAGGGUUGGACCCUAAUGCCAUGUACUCCCUCCUACUGGACUUUGUCCCCACGGACAGCCACCGCUGGAAGUACGUCAAUGGCGAGUGGGUGCCUGCAGGCAAACCAGAGGUCUCCAGCCAGAGCUGUGUCUACAUCCACCCCGACUCCCCCAACUUUGGGGCCCACUGGAUGAAAGCUCCUAUCUCCUUCAGCAAAGUGAAGCUGACCAACAAGCUCAACGGAGGUGGGCAGAUAAUGCUGAAUUCUCUGCAUAAAUAUGAGCCCCAGGUUCACAUAGUGCGGGUUGGAGGUGCCCAUCGCAUGGUGAUGAACUGCUCCUUCCCUGAAACCCAGUUCAUAGCUGUGACUGCCUACCAGAAUGAAGAGAUAACAGCUCUCAAAAUCAAAUACAACCCAUUUGCUAAAGCCUUCUUGGAUGCCAAGGAAAGAAAUCACCUAAAAGAUGUCCCGGAGGCGAUCUCUGAGAGCCAACACGUGACGUACUCUCACUUGGGAGGCUGGAUCUUUUCCAACCCGGAGGGCAUGUGCACAGCGGGAAACACCAGCUACCAGUACGCUGCUCCUCUGCCUCUGCCUGCUCCCCACACCCACCCUGGCUGUGAGCACUACCCUGGUCUCCGAGGACACCGGCAAGCUCCCUACCCUCCUGCCUACGUGCAUAGAAACCACUCUCCCUCAGUGAAUUUGAUAGAAAGCUCAAGCAAUAAUCUGCAAGUUUUCUCGGGACCUGACAGCUGGACUUCUUUAUCCUCCACGCCCCAUGCCAGCAUCCUCUCUGUACCCCACACCAACGGACCAAUCAACCCAGGGCCUAGCCCCUAUCCGUGCCUGUGGACCAUCAGCAAUGGCGGUGGGGGCCCUGCUGGGGCGGGCCCAGAGGUGCACGCCGGCGCUCCGGGGGCAUUUCUUCUCAGUAACACAGCCGUGACUUCACCUCCCUCGGUGCUCCCCACGCAAGCACCCACAUCAGCCGGCGUGGAGGUUCUGGGGGAGCCCUCGCUGACCAGCAUCGCAGUGUCCACCUGGACAGCCGUGGCCUCGCAUCCCUUCCCGGGCUGGGGUAGCCCAGGUGGGGGUGGGCGCCAUUCUCCCUCCUCCUUGGACAGUUAG